AUGGAUGCCAAAGCCGACGUAUGUCGUCGAUCUUAUGGGAGCAAACGAAUCGCAGGCAGUGGAGGCAUGGCAACGAGAAGCCAGUUAGCAGCACAUGCCAUCAAGGACAAAGCGCAAAGCAGUAUGAUGGCCGGAGCGAAGUAUCCAGUAGAGCGGACUGCGACGCUUUUUGGAAGGUCGGGUGUGCCUUGCGCAAGCUACCCGCUCAGCUCGGCGGCCGGCCCCACAAGCAUCCGCAAAGGGACGGCUAAUUUCCAAUGGAAAAAUGAAACAACAAACGUUGGUGUGCGAAAAGCGAAGGCGAAAGGAUCGGGCGUUCAUGGACCAAUCGAAAGCUUGGUCUUACGUAUGGAAAACCUCUUGAACCUUUUGAAUCAGGGGCUACCGCAAACCUAUCAGAAAAGCACGAGUACCUCUGCAAGUCUCAAGGUUAAGUUGUGA